AUAUCACCGGGUGAUGGCAACACGAGUCGGACUCAUUGCCAGAAACUAAGAAGAAGAAGACGGACCGCCUUAACGAACUCGUGUAAAUAAGCGAUCUUUUUAUCUAUUAGUUUUUACAUUUAUAAAAGGGAUAAUAAAGGUAGAUUGCGAUUGAAGAUAGGAACAUAUUUUAACCGUUCCUGUUUUUCAUAUAUAUACAUAAUAGAUAUAUAACCUACGAUAGUAAGCAACAUAAGAGUGCUAUUGCUUCCUAUAUUCAGACUGCAGCACGUCAGUAAAGGCCUACUAUACCUACAAUUAGUAGAAAAAUAAUUCUAAAAUAUGUACUCAAAAGGAUAUUACAAGCUAUACUAUGAUGGAAAGCACAAUAAAAUGAUUCCCCGAAGUACUUGGUAUUACCGGAAAAGAAAAUAAAAAAAAAGUUGAAGCACAUUGUCAGCAUUUACAUUAUAGUGUUUUUAAUACUGAUAUGAUGUAUGGAAUGUAAAUCAAAGUGAAGAUCCUCGAGGUAACGACGCGCCAAUUGUAGUGGCUGAACCAUGUAUUGAAAUUGAUGAAACUUCUGGUGUAAAGACAAAGCAACAAGCACUGCCUAAUCAAGGUGUGUGGGAUAUGCGUGGAAAACAAUUUUUCACUGGAAUGGAAAUUAGAGUGUGGGCCAUAGCAUGUUUUGCCCCGCAAAGAACCGUACGUGAAGAUGCACUGCGGGCGUUUACUUCACAACUCCAAAAGAUAAGCAAUGAUGCUGGAAUGCCGAUUAUAGGUCAACCAUGUUUUUGCAAAUAUGCGACCGGACCAGAUCAAGUUGAACCCAUGUUCAGAUAUUUAAAGUCUACAUUUCAAGCUUUGCAGCUUGUAUGUGUUGUUUUGCCUGGAAAAACGCCGGUAUAUGAAUUCACCCAUAAAAUAGAUUUUUUUGCAUCCGAACCAAACUAAUUAAAUGGCAAACUGGCAACUGAUAAGAUUAAAAUUGAUAUAUAUUGGAUACGGUUGGAAAACCAAAAGAUGCCCAGGAUUUGAGUUUAAUACAUCUGUUGGUGUCGCUAGAAAAAGUAAUCAGGAUGCAUUUACUGAGUAAUUUAAUAACAUCAAGCAAACCUCAAGUCAAGAAAACUGGCAAUCAAAAGAAGUCUAAUUUUAAUCAAGGCAAAGUUAAAACGAGUCUUGAAGAACGUCGAGAUUCUUUUAUGUUUGAUAUAGAGAGUGUAGUGGAUAUUAAAACUUCCAUUGAAGAUUUGAAGAAAUUACUACAACAAAGUGGGAUACGACUACAACCAUUACCUAUUGUAGUAGGUCCACUACAUAAUAUACAGAAGUCGUACGUAUUAUUCAACAACAUCAAAUACAAAGUUGUGAAGCCCAUUGAUGUCAUAAUACUGGCGUUUUUUAUGUUUUAUGCACUGGAUUGCGAAUAUCCACUCGAGAGUUUAUCAUUAUGGAUAUUUAUUCAACGUUGUAUCUUCAAUAUUGAAAUGCCAGAUGACUAUAUUAGUACAUCAAUGAACAUUUUACUUGGACAGUUACAAAAUGCAUAAGACUGCUAUUAUAUAUAGUAUAGUUAUUUAAUACUCUACGUAGAUGACUAUUGUAAAAGAAAAUUUAACAAUUUGAACAGUUUUAUUACACAAAGACGACGUCACAACGAUUACUUAGAUAAUAGUAAUGAACAAUCACGACUUUCUAAAAUUGAAACAGCAUAAAGGCCCCUAGGAAACUAUCCAAUGAAUGUAGAUAAGACUAAUUCUCAAACUGAUAUAAAUGAUGAUAUUAUCGAAGAAAAUGAUAGCCAAAUCGAUUUAAUCGAUAGUUGUUUAGAAAAUGUUGACAGUGAGAACAACUUCAAUACCAUAAAAGCCGAAUCUUCAGACAAUCAUCAUUUAAUAAACGACCACUUACGCGAUAAAUUACAAACGAUCCAAGGGAUUUUAGAUAGUGAAGUCAAUAAUGUUAUAGCUGAAUUAUACAACUACUCAGAUAUUCUGAGGAAAACAAUAACCGCUAUUAUUUUCAUGUUAAUAACGUUACUUUCUGGUGAAAGAAUAAUGAAGAUAAAACGCGUAGUGUUUUUACAAGAAAUAAAAGAUUUAGCCGAAAAUCAUUUUAAGAUAAUACAGCUUGAGUUGAUACUCAAACAUUAUGAUACAGAGCAUAAAUGUUUUUAAUAUUUCAGAAAAAAAGACGUACAUACCUCCAAUAAAGUAGUUUUAGGUGAAAGGGCUGAAUAUAAAAUCAAGAAUGGUGUUAUGACACUUAUUCAUGUGAAAGCGAGUGCUAAAUUUAUUGCAAUACGAUUAGUUUUUAAAUAAUUUUUUGAAAUUCCUACAGUUUUUGAGAAAACUAAUGACAACUACAACUCUUUAAUGUCUUAUAAAAGUAGCUUAACAAAUAUAGUUCUAAGAAAGUUAUAGAGAAAAAAGGCACUGUUAUACAAAUAGUAUAUUACGAUACGUGUGACCUAAGCGGCUCUUUAUUACACGGCGCGUAGUUAGCGAUACCGUCGCGCCGUAAUAAAUGUAUCGCAUAGGUCACAAGCAGGAAGUAAGAGAGAAGGAGACCAAACUCCUAUGGCGUCGGAGACUAGAAGUGGUCCUAGUUUUCCGUCAAAGAUCGGGACGAAUGCCCGUCAGAAUGACGGGCGUUUAGCUGAAGUCAGAGGCUCCAGGUGGCGACAAAGUGUACUAUAUAGCACAAUUAACUAUGAAGCUGCGAACCCAAGUUCAAACCCACCACUGGGAAUCUUUUUUUUUUAUCAGUACACGCACUAUUUAUUAAUAAAUCGAACUUACACUAACUAAAUUAAUUAUAAACCCAAUACAAAUUAAACUUAAACUUAAUCACAUAUCCCAAACCCCAACCGGGGAGCAAUAAUCAUAUGCGACUUUCAAUCUUCAAGUUUCAGAGGUAUCAAUGGCCGAGGUGAUUAAGGCGUUGGUCCACAAACUUUUUACCUGGGGUUCGAAUCCCACACUCCGAAUUUUUUUUUUAUCAACAAUCCUCAAGUCAUUAAGUAUUAAUUUCGGAAUAAAACAACAAUAACAGGAUGAAGUUCUACAAUCUUGGCAAAGUGCGAUCCCGUCAGGACAUUUACUACGUAAGCAUCAUUCCAUUUGCGAAUUGCAUUUUAAGGAAGAUGAUGUAGUAAAAGAUUUUGUGCAUCAUGCAAUGCCGGAUGGUAGCAUAUACAGAUUGCAAAAGCAGAGGUCUUCACUAAAAAAGGCUCGAUACCUUGCAAGUUUUUGAAUGAAAAUAUAGAAAACACUGUAAACAAAAGUGCCAAUGCAUAUUAUGCGGAGUGUGUUAUUCCGCCAAAUACAUACGUUCGCAGCUCAACGGCUCCUUUACAAGAAAUCGAUACAAAUCAAUUAAAUGCAUUAUUGAUAGAAAGCAACGAGAACAAAGAAGUUGAUAACGGUCCUAGUGUAUCAAUUGUUAAAGAAAACGCGACUGAAGAAUUUAUUGAAAUGGAAAAGCAGAACAACAAAUCAAUAACGAAUCUAUCGCCAGAAAUAAACAGUGUGUCGAUUAAUGCAAGCUUUGAUAAACGCAGAACAGAAUUGCAAAAACCCGAUGUUGCAAUGGUAGAAAAGUCAAAUCAUUUUAAAGAAAGUUGUGACUCAUUGAUGCAGAAUUCAGAAUCAAUAGACAUGCCCUCAACAUGGAUACCGCAAGUUAUAUUAACUGGUGUGAAGUGCAUAAUGUGGUGCGAAUGGAAACCAAGAUAUUCAGGAAUAUCAAAGAGAAUGAUAUCAUUUUCUGAUAUGACAGUACACAUUUACAUAGAAUAAUCAUUAGUGCAUUUAGAUUACAGGGAGACAAUACAAAGUCCUAAUGAUAUUAGUAAGUUAAUAUCUUACGUGUCACGUUAUAUUGUUCCUUGUGACAAGAUCGACGGACUACGAAUGUCAGAUAAAUGUUGUAUGUUCCAAAAUGCGUGCAUCUUCCCGAAAAAAUAUUUCCUCAAGCCAAAAAACUAUGAGACUAAAGAAGCGGAGUAAAAUACACCUGGGAAAAGUUAAGAAGUUUAAUGAGAAGGUUAAAAGACUUAAAAGGAAGAUUGUCCUGCUAAAGCAGAGAGUUGAAAAAAUCAAGACUGCAUGUGUAAAAGCUGAUUCCAAAGCUAUUGAAAAUGUUUGUAACAAAUUGCUGAAAAGCCAGCAAGAAGCCGUGAUGGCAUGUUUUAAUGCAUCGAAGACAAAAAACAGCAGAGGUAAUGGUUACACAAAUGAAUGGAUUUACGAGUGUCUACGUUUGCGCAUAAAGAGUCGCAAAACGUAUAACCAUUUAAGGACUCAUAAAAUAUUAGCGUUGCCAUGUUUGGAAACUUUAAGCAGGUAUAUUAAAGUAAUUAAAGGCACAUACGGAUUCGACGAGAAAACCUUUCAGAUACUCAAAAAGAAAACGGCGAGCAUGAAUAAAACUGAUGUUCGAGGGGUUUUGCUAGUCGACGAAAUGAAGUUAACAAAAACUUUGGCAUUUGAUCGACAAAAGCUUAAAAUGGAAGGCUUCACAAACCUUGGCAAGCACGCUCCAAAAAAUCAACAGGGAAAAAAGGCGAUCAUGCAUUGGUCAUUAUGUUCCAGCCUUUUAAGGGACAAUGGGUCCAGAGCUUAGGUUGUUUGUUGAGUCGAGGAAGUGCGAAUGGAACAGUAUUGUAUCAUCUUCUUGUGGAAGCUAUAGUAUUAGCAGAACGAGCGGGACUGAAAGUUGACGGUAUUGCCAAUGAUGGAGCCUCAUGGAAUCGAGCAAUGUGGGAUCAUUUUGGAGUAACGGAAAAAAACGUAAGCGUCGAACAUAUUGUCAAUUCGACACGACGCUUGUGGUUUUUCUCAGAUUUUCCACACUUGAUCAAGUGCUUACGUAAUUUCUUUUCCAAGCUUGAUCGAUUUGACAAUGUUUGGACGCCAAAUGGUUUAGUAUCACUGAAGCACUGGUAUGCAGUAUUAGAAGUAGAGAGACCAGAUAUGUUUAAUUUAAAAGUAAAUUGUCACUUACGAGAAGAACACAUUAAACCACAAUACUACCAAAAAAUGAAUGUGGCUUUGGCAUUUCAGAUGUCCCGUACACAACCAAAUUUGGGGAGAGCUUCUCCUGAAACAGCUACGUCCAACCUCAUGGCUGAUUUGCAGAGGACCAAGGCUGAGAACCCUAAGUUGUUCCAAAUGCUGCAGAAGUCUCCAGUACAAUCACAUCAGCAUCCGAAGGAUAUUACGCGGACAAAGAGCACCCCGAACGUUAAUAAAGUAGACGAGACGAAAAUAUACCUCAAGAUGAACGGCAAGGCCAAAAAGAACAUCGGAGGACUUUCUGUAGCUGCUGCUGCAGAAAAUCUUAGCAGAAAGAUGAUCCUCUUGGAAGGCUCUCAGUCACUGUUGGUCCCUUCCUUAACAAAGAAGAAAAUAAAGAAGCGGCCACAACCUCUGGCUCAUUCGACGCCAAUACCUGGGGCAUCCCAGCAGUUGCUGGAAGCACCGCCGCCAAAGAGGCCAAUGCAUAAAUAUUCGGCUCAUUCGCAGCCAAAAGCUGGAACAUCCCAGCAACUUCAGGAAGCACCGCCACCGAAGAGGCCAAAGAUUAAUCUCACAGCUCCGAGAUCAACACCAGUCUCAGUUGUUAAAAAGAUUAAGAAGCCUGAAACUGCAUUGACCAACAUUGAUUUGCAGCGGAGAAGUAUGACGCAACACGAUACAAUUUCUCAAUUGGGCGCAUCGUCGUCGACCAUCGAAUUGACGGAGAAGAUUAAUUCGCUCAACAGAAGAAUCAUCAACGUUAAAGAAACAAAUACCACCAUCAACAACCCACUCAUAUCCCUUGAGAAUUCGGUCAAAUCAUUGGACGAUAGAACAAAGCGGAUGGAGGAAAUGCAAGAAUCCAUGUUGAAGAUGCUCAAGGACAUGACGAAAAGAAACUCCCCUAAGGCUAGAAGAAGACCUGCCUGCUUCCCUUUUAAGUUGAUUGCAGAUCUGCUUGAAUUUAACAAUUCGAAUGAGGAGCUGUAUGACGAUGUCGUCAACUAUCUCGCCUACCUGGGAGGUGCCAAUCUCUGCGACGAAGCUAACUUUUAUUUUAAAAACUGCUUUGAAUUCGACGCCGACCUCUUCCGUAAUCUGUCCUGGCUUGGCUCCAGAAUCGACGAUGUCAAGGUGUCUCUAAUGUCGACUCGUUUUGCGCGUGCUUGCGAAGCUGUAAUAAAUCUCAACAAGGACGCUUUAGAGAAGCCCACAAAAGACAAAUUCGCCACUGCCAUGACGAAGGCAAUUAAGAAUGCCAAGGAAGCGUAUCGCCGAAAGAGAGCUGCUGCACAAAAUGGUAGUAGAAACGGUCCUGCAAACGCUCAGCAGCCACGGCAGCCUCCACAAUGACGCGGUGUUCGUGUCCAUUUGCCGAUCAACAAUCGUGUCCUCAAUGAACCGCAAGACGAGCUGAACAACCGGCUGCAGAGCAACGAGGACUACGGAGAUCCCCUCCCACCCAGGCAAUUGGAACCUGCCAAUAAUGAUGAGGAGGACGAGGACCAGUACGCUGACGAGAUCCAGGACAAUGAAGAGAAAUCGGAAGAGGAACAGGGGGAGAACGAGGAGGAAGAAGAAGAGGAAGACGAAGAGGAAGAAGAAGAGGAAGAAAAAGGGGAAAAUAACGAGGACGAGUUCGAAGAAAAAUCUCAGGAGAGAUUGAAGAAAGAAGAAAAGCACCAAAACGAGGACGAGGAAAAUUAUUGGAAUGGAUUCAUCGAAAAUCAAGAAGAUCAAUGCAACAAUGACGACGACGACCCAUUAAGCUGCGACUUGUUUGCCGAGCCGUAAUGAAGAGGAUUUGAGGGAUGAGUUAAUCAUUUGUUUUUCUUAUACAUUUCUUUUAUUUUAAAUAAUUCUCCUUACAGCAUGAUAAAGUAAUACACAUAAAUUUCCAUCUUUUUGAUUAUUUAUUUAUUGAACAGUAGUGUUUUAUGUAUAUUUUUUUAUCUAAAGGCUCUUUUACAUUUUUUUUUUAUUUUUUAACGUAGCUUUUAAUUUGUUUUUUGAAAUUCAAAAUUAAAUAUUAGAUUUAUAAAUUCAUUCAUUUCAGUUCAUUACUUUUUAGAAAUGUAAGAGAGCGUUGGAGGGGCUGAUCGCUGUUGGCUGGGCCUUACAGAGUUGGGCGAGGUCGGGGCCUUUCUCACCCUAAACCAUAAAAAAAUUCUUUGCAGAUACUGGAACAAAAAUUUGCCUGUAAGUAGCGAAAUUAAAGGUAAUUUUUAUCCUAUGCUUAUCUAUAAUAUCUUAAAUCCCUUAUUAUUUUUGUCUUUGAUUUUAUUUUGUUACGGCGGAGUACCUGUGGAGAUUCAGGGACUACAGAACUCUACGCAGCCACUUCCUGCAGUCAUACACCAGGUUUGAAAGGUUUUGAAUAGAAGGUGUUCAUAUUUGGAUCACCUGGAGCCCAUAUCGGUUGUUGUAGUGGGGAAUAUAAUCAGCCUCUUCGGAUACACCAGCUCUGUAAGAAGACUACGCAAAGCAUUUUUUAGGUAACUGUGGCUGUGCAUGUGGUAUGUACCCGCCAUGUCUCUCUUGAUGCGCAACACAGAAGUAAAGUGUCUACUAAAAGCUAGUGCAAGUCUUGUGCGGGGAAGAAAAAUUAUUAGGGAUUAGCAUGUAAGGGAGUAGGCUAGUUAAUCUAAGAUCUCUUCGAGCCUGAACAUCCACACGCGUUUAGACAAAAAAAGCCUAUGAUUCUUACAAUGAAUGAUAAAGUGAUCUUUUAACUUUUAUUUAAGUUUGCCUAUUCUUUAUAUGCACUGACUAUUAUACAAAGGCGAUAUAUAUUUUUAUAGUAAAAAAUCGAAUAAGAAUAAAAAAUACAAUAGUCUCUACAGCCAAGAGAUUCACUUCAUUAAUUAUUAUAAGAAAUUACAGACUUAUUCUGGCUAAGCGCAUGCAGGUGUUAAGAUGAACGUUAUAACAGGUACAACAAAAUCAUAAUCUGACUAGCUUUGUUAUGUUAUCUAAAGUCCCUGUACAGAAUUCCAGAUCUCUAGGUUAAAUAGCAUUUCAAUUACAAGGUCUUAAAAAUAUUCUUAUACGUCUUUUCAUCGGCUUUUUUAGGAUGUUCCUCUUAUAAUGUUUAUCAAAACACUCACACUAACAACUGUCUUAUACUUAACGAUUGUUAUAAUGUACUUCGUAUUAUAUAUGGCGUGAUAUUAAUUAACUGAUUUUAUUGCUCUUGCGCUUAUUUAUUAUAAUUGUAUUUUUUAUCUUUAUUUAAAUUUGUUUACUUGAUAUUAAUAAAAAAUAAUUUUAUUAC